UAUUAAAAAGCUAUCGGUCUGCUGAGUCAGUGAGGUCUUACCGUGUUUGGAUUGUUUUACAAGAUAAAAACGGCUGACUUCUGGAAUUAAGAGGUUUUAAUGAUGAAAGCAGUACAUAUAUAUUUCUUGUUACACGUUAUUUUUUCGGCCAUUGUCCUGGUGAACACGUUUAAUCCCUUCACAAAAGUGAUGGAUGUCAAGAAUCUGUGGAAGAUGAUCUACACUCCGAGUGAAAGUUGUGAUUCUGAAUGGAUAUCCUUCAAUGCAGAAGGUUUCAAGGUUGACCUGGAAAGCAAACUGUUCGGACAACACAUUGCAUCACGCGUCAUCCUGAAAGCUGUGAAUGGAUUCAUGAGGGAUGACAACCCAAAGAAGCCCCUGGUGCUCUCUCUGCACGGGCGGAGCGGAAUAGGAAAGAAUGUUGUUAGUAGGCUGAUUGCUGCCCAUAUUUACAAGAAAGGAAUGGACAGCAGCUUCGUUCAUGUGCUUACAUCUGAACUUCACUUCCCACUUAAAAGUCAAUUUGAGACCUACAAGUCUCAGCUACAGCAGUGGAUCAAAGGCAAUGUCAGCAACUGUGAACGCUCCAUGUUUAUCUUUGAUGCGAUAGACCAGAUGCAUCCUGGCUUGAUUGACAGCAUAAAGCCGUACCUGGACUACUACGACAAGACGGAUGGGGCUUCCUAUCGGAAAGCCAUCUUCAUCUUUCUCAGCAAUGUUGGAGGGGAGAGCAUCACACAGAUAGCUUUAGAUUUUUGGAAAGCAGGACGAGAUCGAGAAGAGAUUGAGCUAAACGAUCUGGAAAAAGUGCUCUCCUUAUCAGCAUUCAACAGCAACAAUGGCUUGUGGCAUUCAGGUUUGAUUGACAAGAACCUGGUGGACUUCUUCGUCCCGUUCCUGCCUCUGGAGUACCGGCACGUCGUCCAGUGUGUCAUGGCUGAGAUGAAAGCCAAAGGACUUCGUCCAGACCAGAACGUGGCAAACAAAGUGGCCAAAGAUUUGUUGUAUUUCCCUAAAUCUGACAAAGUGUUCUCUGUCAGUGGCUGCAAGCUGAUAUGUACAAGACAUCACAUCUACACCUAAUGCUAACAUCUGAUGGAUGCAUAUGAUUAUUAUGUGCACUUUUUUAUCAAAGAAAACACUUUCAGCCAAAUGACUGAGGAGAGGAAGUUAAUAUUGUAAAUAAAUAUCCUUACAUUGGACUGGAAUAAUUAUCCCUUUAAAUAUACAAUCUACCUGUAGUUUGUUUAGCUGGUGGGUGUGUGUCCAUGUUUGUCCAGGGCAGGGAUUGGUCCAAUGUUUAUGGGUAGGUGUAGUCAUCUUACUCUUACUGAGUCUCUAAGAAUAAUAAAUGUGGUGGUUGUUGGACCACUGGUGAGAUCAGCACAAUAGCAUAUGAUUAUGAAAAUAUAUGAUAGAAAGAUAGAUAGAUAGAUAGAUAGAUGUUGUGUUUAUGUUAAAAUAAAAAACCUGGGUAUCAUAGUGAGAUCUAUCCUCUUUUUUUAUUAUUAUUAAGGAUAUGAUACAAAGUCAAACAUCAUGGAUUUCACAUAACCUCAAAAAGGUAGCCUAGAUAAAAAAACAGGAGAUGAAGAAAAUAUAAGAAAUAAUAUAAACAACAGACAGCAUUUUAAAAGUAUACACUAGAUAGAUAACCCAAUAAUAUGUAUGUUAUAAUGAUGAAUGGUAAAUACACUUUUCUUAAUAUGUUAUAGAUCAUUAGGCUAAAUAAAAAAG